AUGCUACCGCCAGAGUCAGAGACCAUGCUUGACAACGCGGCGAAAUCAUUCGUGUCUACGGCAGCCUUCGUCCAGGAUGGCUUUCGUGUUUUCCAAAGCACCUUUGAUCUGACCGUGCUCAUCCUCACCAAGCAAGACCAGAUUCAACGUUGCUCUGCGGUAAAUUCCAUGCAUAUCCGCACCUUGAUGGCCGCGCUCUUCGAUAUCAUGCUGGUCGAUACACCAUACACCGAUCCACUAGAGUCGCUGUUUGUGCGGCAGGCGGAAGCGUUGGAGUGCAGACGCGGCACUCUUCGGCACAUCGAUUGCUACGCCAACGACUUCCACGGUGAUCUUGACGCUGCUUUCGCCACAGCAGUACGGCACGCUGUCGUAUGGGGUUGUGUCGCCGGAGAGGAAAGUAUGGGCCAAGGAGCAUCGAAACGUCUUCGAGAUGUCGGAUUUGGUUGGCGAUUUGGCUCAAGCUAUCGGAUCUGA